AUGGAGGCUAGAGAAAAACUGAAGGAUCUGAACAUGACGGCGGAUGAGGUAGAAAGAUUCACGAAGGCUUUCAAAGAUGAGACGUUCAGGGGGAUGCUGCUGGAUUACGCCAAAGAAGUGUCGGAUCCUGAAAAUAAGAAAAAAUACGAAAAGGAGAUAAAACAGUUGGAGGAAGGGAAAGGAAACAGCGUUGAUUUCAUCCACCCGGAACCAUUUAGAGCGCUGCGGACGAGCCUGAACGGGGAGCAGAAGUGCUUCAUUAACAUCUGUGCCAACGGGAAAGUUGGUAAGCCUGAGUUUAAUUGGGGGGUGUCCGAGGAUGGUAGCAGGGGGCAGCACUGGUCCCUGCCCCACAGUUUGCACCCCGGAAGACCAAACAGAGAUCGAAAGGGCAACAGUUUCAUGAUCUUUGAUGUUAUUUUCCAUCCUGACACACUUCACAUAGCAAGCAAGAACAAGAGGUUCAUGGACAUGGUGGACGACACAGCCAUUCAGGGAAUCCAGGGAUGUUUCAAAGUUAUUCUGGACAAAAAUAAUGUGAGAGAGUUGUCCAUCAAAUAUAAAGGGACCCCACAACCUUGUGUGAUUCGAAAACCGAUCCCUGGCUACAAAGCUAAGGAGCCCUCAGCAGAGCCUGACCCUCUCGCUUACCCUUACCCUGAUGAGCAAAGCUUUAGCUCAACCGCAAAAUCUGAGCUGAAAGAAGUUCCUAGAGACAAGAACAGUGGUGACAAACCCUUGACCUUCAAGGUGGAGCUACAGAAACCCAAAGAGCCAACAGUACCAAACUACACACUGAAACACCGAUCUUUCAUUGACCUGCAGGACUUUAGAUGUUCAAGAGACUCGGCCCAGAGCCCAAGACCUAAAGAGAUAGUUGUCACCAUUGACAUGCCACUUCUCAAGACAGCCAGGGACACUACUGUAGAAGUCAAGGGGAAAAGCCUGUGGCUGGAAUCAAUAAAACCAGCCUACAGACUAGAGGUGCCCUUAGCAUACCCUGUGGAUGAGGAUAAAGGACAGGCAAAGUUCAACAAACAAAAAGGACAGCUGACCAUCACGCUGCCGGUUCUUCCUUCAAAGGAUGCUUUAGAUUUCGUCAAGGGUCUCACUCAGAUUGUUGGCAACAAUGAGAAGGAGGAGGAGGAGGAAAAUGGAGGGACCAUAGAGAAACUGAGGGACCAUAAAAGGGAAGAUGGUCUAUGUGAAGAGGAGGAUGAAAAUCAUGUGGAGGAUGAGAACUGGAAAGAGCAGAAUAUAGAAGGUGAGAAAAUUGAGGAGGAAAAAAGUGGGCAAGGAGAAACCAACAAAUGGGAAGAGAGACGUGACAAAGCAGCACAGGCAGAGGGUUCCUGUGCAACAAGUUUCCCAGUGGGGACUGUUGUCCCACAGAUAAACCUGUCCGCUGAAGAGAACGAGUUAGAACCUGUUGAUAAUAGCAUGACCUCACAUUACACUGAAGACAAAUCCAUCUCAGCCUUAGAAAAUAACAUGGAGUUAGCUAAACUCUUCAGAUGCAUUGGAGAAGAGGAGGGAGGAGGUUCAGAAAACGUUUCUAUAUCAAGUCCCCAGAUAAAGACUUCAGAGCUGAAUGGAGAUGCUGGAAUGACUGCAGAGAAUGAUGAUUAUUCAAAUAAGAAUCUGAAUAAGAAGAUGGAGUUGGACGCCUCACCUCUGAAUCAAAUAUACUGUGAAAACUCCCAAACCCCCACAGCUUUGGCAGUCAUGGUACCUGGCCCAAACAGCAACCCGUGUAAAGAUGGCAGCAUGCCACAGCGGAUCACAGAGAUUAGAGACACACCUGAGCUACAUGAAGGCAGAGAGAACACCCACCCCACUACGGAAGUUACCAUAGGCCUAGGGGCAGGUGUGGAGAAGGAGGACAUGGAUGAAGAUGACUUGCAGGUGGAGCAGACCUUCGCAAUGGAAGACCACAAUGAGAAGCCACUUCCAGUCUUGCUGAGGGAGAUCGAUGAGAACGGGGAGGAGACGGUCAUCUGUGAUCAUUCCACACGUGCUGGGUUCGCCUUCCAAAACUCCCUGCUGUAUGAACUGGACUGAUUUGUACUGUAUCCGAGAGCAGAUUUUGGUACCUCAAAAGCAAUUGCUUGAGAGGCAGUAAGUAUUUUGCUUUAGUUAAAAGAAUGUGAUGCAUAUUUAUGAUCGACAGCAAGUUGUGCGCAAAUUCCACAGAUGUGAAUGCAAGUCAUGUCUGCUAUGGCUGAGGGUAUUUAUUCACCCCCCUUCACAUGUGCAGCUUGUUCAGUAAAUAUGAUCCAUUUGAGCAUCACAAGAUGGAGACGAUGCUCUGGAAAAGUCAAUGUUGAGACCUAGGAGCAUUUCCGGAGAUGUUCAAUACCGGUGCAAGUGAGAAUAAAGCCUCAUUUAUUAAUCUUUUU